GCACACGGACGCAACUGUGAGGUGACCUAAACACUUCCGGCGCGGAAAAAUGGCAGCAGCCGUUCCAGACUCACGUGUGAGUGCGGAGGAAAAUCUGAAAAAGAUCCCAAAGAAGAUGAUGAAAAUGGAAACCGGAGCCGUAGCGUCGGUGCUGGAAGAAGAGGACACAGACACGUCUGAUAGCGAAGGUUCUGUAGUAGGAGGAUCUAUAAUAGGAAGCUGUGGAUCAGAAUAUGACUACUUUUAUUCUGAUGAGGAAGCAAUAGAAGCUGACAAUGAGGGUGAUGCUGAGCCCUGUGACGAAGAAAAUGAAGAUGAUGCAGAAUCAAAUAUUGGGACCAAUAUGGGCUGGGCAGAUGCCAUGGCUAAAGUCCUCAACAAGAAAACUCCUGAAAGUAAACCUACUAUUCUGGUCAAAAAUAAGAAGCUGGAAAAGGAAAAAGAAAAGUUAAAGCAAGAAAGACAAGAGAAAAUAAAACAGCGUGAUAGGAGGAUGGAGUGGGAAAUGAUGUGCAGAGUAAAGCCAGAUGUUGUCCAAGACAAGGAGACAGAGAGAAACCUUCAGAGAAUUGCAACGAGAGGUGUGGUACAAUUAUUCAAUGCUGUUCAGAAACAUCAAAAGAACGUUGACGAGAAGGUUAAAGAAGCUGGAAGCUCUAUUAGAAAGCGAACUAAGUUGAUAUCAACUGUUUCCAAGAAAGAUUUUAUCAGUGUUUUGAGAGGAAUGGAUGAAAGUACAAAUGAGACUACCUCAAGCAAGAAGAAACCAAAAGGCAAACAGACUGAAGUGAAAUCAGAAGAGGGCCCAGGUUGGACGAUCCUCCGUGAUGAUUUCAUGAUGGGAGCAUCUAUGAAAGACUGGGACAAGGAAAGUGAUGGGCCAGAUGACAGCAGACCAGAAUCUGCAAGUGACUCUGAUACAUAAAGCACCAUAGGAAAUAAAAUAAUCAUUUUAUUUUUUCUAGAAAAAUAUUUCAUCCCCUGAUAAUUGGGGAAUUAAAAGGAUACCAAAAGUCAAAAGACUUUUGCCUGAUUUUAUAUUUCCCCUUUUCAUGUACACUUUAUAUAUACUUUAUUAAAAUUAUAUUUUAAACCCUGGUAUAAUUUUAAGCAUUGUUCCUCAGAACAUCUGUAAAAGGAAAUAUUGCUGCUUGACCAGUGAGAUGAGCAUUUUGCCAGGAUCAUAUUGAUCCUGUCUAUUGGUGUGUUAUUUCAGUAUCACCAAUGUUUUCAGAAAUACAGUACCAAUUCAUAAUUAAACUCUUUCAAGUUAAUAGUUCUCUGCCUUCGAACUUCUAGACCCAACUAUGUAUCUGUAGUUUUUGGGAAUGAUUGGUGUUUUUUGGUUUGUAUUGGGAAGUUAUUGAGAAAACCUAUAUAAUAAAAUUUAAAAUUAUAGUUUUUUGAA